UCCCGGCAGCGUUGUCGGUCGGUUACGCUAAAGAACCGGCCGCCGUCUCGCCGGUGGUAGUAGUGUGUCUCCACGGGUCCACGAAUACGCGUUGCACAGGUGUCCGCGCGCGCGCGCUACUAAUAUCCGUCGUACGUGUACCGCAACUACGUUUUUCCCGUGUUUUCCGUUUUCCGUAUUUCUUUUGUCGUCCGUCUCGAUCCCGCGCAAAUGUUACUUCGCUUCACGUGGUCGGAAAUCGUGCGCCGCAUAUAACGUACACAAAGAAGCAUACGACCGUUAAUAGUAUACGAUCGUGUCUUGUCGCCGGUACGCGUAUCCCGGUGGUCCGGUGAUUCGGUUCCGUUUGAAAAUAAUUAUACGUGUACAACUACUAAUCUUCUGUUGUUGAUAAUCGUCAACGUUUGACGAGUACACCGGAGUGCGAAGUAAUGUGCGACGGGCGGCCUACAGGAAACCACUGAGGACGACAGUAGAAUAUGAUCGUUUUCGCGUGCCGGAAAAACUUCUGAUCGUUACGGGGCACAGCAGUCGUUUGUCGCCGCAACAUCAUCGGACGCGGACACGAGAUCUCGACCGUCCACCACUAAUAGUUUACCUGUUCAAAACGAGCGAUGUCUCAGACGAUGGACCACAAGACCAAGGAAAUCACAGCUGCAUGGACCGCUUGGUGGAUUCUCACGUUUUCCCUGGUGCAGAGCACGGUCAGCGUAGGCGGCAGUCCCAGCGAUAUUUGGCCGCUAGAACGGCCCGACGGCAUGCCGGUGAUCCAGUCGCUGGAAGUGAUGUGCGGAAAGGAUCACAUGGACGUGCAUCUACAAUUCACGCAACCGUUCGAGGGCAUCGUAUCGUCAAAGGGCCAGUACGCGGACCCACGUUGUGUAUACGUGCCGCCGUCUACUGGAAAGACGUUCUUCACGUUCCGCAUAGCGUACGCGCGGUGUGGCACCAAACCCGACCUCAACGGCCAGUUCUACGAGAACACGGUCGUUGUCCAGUACGACAAGGAUCUGCUGGAAGUGUGGGACGAGGCCAAGCGGUUGCGGUGUGAGUGGUACAACGACUACGAAAAGACCGCAUCCAAACCACCUAUGGUCAUCGCCGACCUGGACGUUAUACAGUUAGACUUUAGAGGUGACAAUGUCGAUUGUUGGAUGGAAAUACAACACGGAAAAGGCCCUUGGGCUCCACCCGUCAGCGGUAUAGUGCCUUUGGGAUCUACAUUAACGUUAGUUGUAGCCAUCAAUGAUUAUAGAGGUGAAUUCGAUAUGAGAGUAAAAUCUUGCGCAGCAUCCGACGGAGGUGGUCACGUUAUUCAGUUAACUGACGACCAAGGGUGCGUGUUGCGGCCGAAAAUGAUUAGUGGGUUCUUAAAAGCUCGGACUUCGGAUGAAAGAGCGUCUGUCAUCACAUAUGCAUUUUUUCACGCUUUCAAGUUUCCGGACGCACUUAGUGUGCACAUCCGGUGUAAGGUGGAGAUAUGUCGUCACGGGUGUCUAGAUCAUUGUCAGACGGACGAACGGUCAUCCACCGGACACUUGCUCCAACAGCAACCGCAACAGCAUCAGCAGCAACUCCAUUAUGGACCAGUGGAUAGAAAGGAUCAGCAGAAUGAACAAUUGGACUAUAUACAAUCCGUGGUCAUCAACACGGACCAACCGAGCGCUCAAGCGCAGAUGGCGUUACAUUCUCCAUUCGCAACCACAAGUCACAGCAAGCCGCAAUCCCCCCAAAAGGAAACGCCGUUGAACCGUGACGGUUUCCCGCACGGGCCACGUAACCUGGACGAACCUGCACAGGUGACAGAAACCGCGACAACCGGUGCGGACAACGAUAGCGAUGACGAGAAGCUAAAAACGUCAACCACACAACUCAACGGCACCAUGGGCGAGACGACCGGAUUUUCUCAGAGACGGCGGCGCCGACGAUCCGUGAAUGUAUCGGACGCUGGCAAUGCUGACGUGGGCGUGAGUGGUCUGUACGACGUCAUCUCGCAGUCAGAUUUGGCGUUCACUCCGGACACUCAGACAGACGGCGACGCGGUGACCAUAUUCCAGGGACGGAUCCGCGAGGACGUAGUUUACGGCAUAUGCAUGCCUGUCCACGGGUUUGGCGCACUGUUCGUCAUGUUUGCCGGCUCGGCUAUCGUGUCUGUCAUCGUGGCAGGGUUCCAAUUGCACAAGUACCAAAUAAGGCGGGAGACGCAGAAGAUCAUGGCCGUCCAGGCGCAUCAGCACAUGCAACAGCACAACGCGGCCGCCAACGGCGGUUAUAUUCAUAACUCACUGGCCGGCAUCAUGGCACUGAACAAACUACUUGCGUCCAAAACAACCACUCCUCAGACCAGACGAAAUAGCUAAUCAACAACACGCCGAUUUCGCGUGUACGUGUAUUAUAAUAUAUACUACAUACCUACUUACGUGAUUAAUACAGUAUUAUUACGAUUAUGAUUAUUAUUAUUAUUACUCUCGUUGGUGCACAUAAAACGUUAUUACUAUAAUAUAUUAUUGCUAUCAUCAUCAUUGCGGUUUAAAGUCUUAAACGCUAAACCUUUUCGUAGGUACACGAAGUAUACUUAUAUAAUUAACCUAUUGUAUUUGGUCACUGUUUUUUAAUUGACAACAUAUUGAAAAAAAUAUAUAUAAAAACAUUUAAAAUAAACCAGGAGAUUCAGAGUAGGUUUUUUUUUAUAUUAAAAC